AUGGCUAGUUUUAAGGUUUUUCUUACAGGUGCAACAGGCUACAUAGGGGGCGAGGUUCUUUAUCAAUUAUUGAAUAACAAAACGCAUAACUUCGAAGUCAGUGCGUUGGUUCGGUCACAAGAGAAAGCAGAUAUUUUAACUAAAGCAACUAAUAAUAAGGUAAUUCCUGUUAUUGGAUCUCUUGAUUCUCUCGAAGUAAUUGAAAAACAAGUGAAUGAAAAUGAGAUUAUUAUCAACACUGCUAAUGUAGAUCAUGUUCCAUCAGCAAAAGUGUUGGCAGAUACUUUAAUCAAGAAGAAGAGCAAGACAAUCUUGAUUCAUACAUCGGGAACGUCAGUUAUUGGUGAUGAGACGUCAGAAAGCAAAAAACCAUCUACUAAAAUUUAUUAUGAUGACAGAAGUAUUGAUGAAAUCAAUUCUUUACCUUUAGAACAGCCUCACAGGCCCGUUGAUGCUAUUAUAUUGGAUAUUAAUGAAAGAAAUCCAAAUAUCGAGACAGUUAUUAUUUCCCCUUCUACCAUUUUUGGGCAGAGCGAUGGUUAUGAUAAGAUUGUUUCAGCUCAGAUUCCUUACUUGAUUGCUCUUUCAGUCGCUAAUGAUCAAGCAUUCAGUGUCUACAGCGGAAAAUAUAUCUGGAACCGUGUCCAUAUUAAAGAUUUAGGAGACUUGUAUACGCUAAUCCUUGACAAAUUGAUAAAUGGAAGCAAAAUUCCUAAAGGUAGAGAAGGAUAUUAUUUUGGAUCGUACACAAAUCAGAAUGAAGAUUCCAUUACAGAAAAACCUACUGAUAUUGAACAUUAUUGGAGCGAUGUUUCCGAAGCAAUUGCGAAGAACCUUUAUGACAGAAAACAGAUCAGUAAGAAUGCUGUUGCUCAAUUAAAGCCUGACGAAGUCGUUAAACUUGCUGAAGGCGACGAGUUUGCUCCUUACUAUUGGUCUACGAAUUCUAGAAGUAGAGGUGAAAAUGGUAUAAAGACUGGAUGGAAGCCAAAAUAUUUAGAUGCCAAGUAUUUCUGGGAUUCUAUUCCUGAAGAAGUUGACUACUUUAUCAAGAAUAGCUCUCGCAAAUAA